AUGGUGUUCGGGGCAGAGAGAGAAUCAUCUGGGGCUGGAGGGGGGGGUGGUGAGCCCCCAGCGCCCCGCAGCCAGCCGCUGCCGUCCGACUCGGCCUCGGCAAAGGCUGCUCCAGGCUGCAGCUCCAGGGCGCUGCGUCUGCCGAGCGGGAGCUCGGCCCUCUGCCACGGCUUGUCUCCCGCGGAGGAGAAGGCACGGCAGCCCGCGCUCGCGGGGCCGGUCGGGCUGCCGGCCCCGCGGGACCCGAGCGCUAGCGGCUCCCUGCGCUCCCCGCCGCCGGCUGCCUCCCGCAGCUCUGCCCGGCCGGGGGUGCCGGCGCGUCCCCCCGGGGCCGGCGGCGCGGCCGCCACGUUGGCGCGCGGGCCGCGCCGGGCCCUCGCCGCUCCCCCCACUCGGGCCCUGCCCGCCGCGACGCCGCCUGCCCGCGGGGCCGGCCUGGGCUGUCCCGGCUCGGCUCGGCUCCGCAGGUGCAUCUUUUUCCCCCUUCUUCCCCCUCUCCUAUCCCUUCUUUCAUCCCUCCCCCCUUCCCCCUGGGGGAUCCUGCCCGUCACGCUGCCUGCCUUCACCAUCACCGGCAUGUGGAUCGUGUACGCCAUGGCACUCUCCAACAACCACAUCUGCCCCGUCCACAACUGGAAUUACAACCAGUCGUGUGGCGGGGACGGCCCCGGCUCCUGCUGCACGCUGGACCACAUCCCCCUCGUCAGCAAGUGUGGCACCCUGCCUCCCGAGAGCUGCUUCUUCAGCCUCAUCUGCAGCCUGGGCUCCUUCAUGGUCAUCCUGGUGGGGCUGCUGCGCUACGCCCACCUCCUGGAGCGUCUCGGGCCGUCUCUCCUCAACACCUUGGGGCUGGCCACCGGCUGGGUCUGCGCCGCCGGCCUCACCAUGGUCGGCAACUUCCAGGUGGAUCACGCCAAGGUGCUGCACUACAUUGGGGCAGGGGUGGCCUUUCCCACCAGCAUGCUGUUCCUGCUCCUGCAGUCCAUCCUCACCUACCGCAUGGCCAAAACCCGUGGGCAGUACUGGACCGGCCACUUACGUAGCAUCCUCACCGCUGUGGCCUUCCUCACCCUUGUCUUCAGCGGUGUGUUCUUCAUCCAGGAGAGCUUCGUGCUGCAGCAUGUGGCCGCCCUGUGCGAGUGGAUGUUCAUUAUCGAUGUCCUGGUCUUCUACGGCACCUUCACCUUUGAGUUUGGGGCCAUCUCCACAGACACCUUCCUGGUCCUGCUGAAAGCCAGCCGGGCUCCCAAAAGUUACAAAGGCGAGAGUGGCGUGUCCAGCACGGCCCACAUCCACAGCCACGCGGAGGGCCUGGCUAUGGCCUGACCCCCGCGGGAGGCAGGGUCACAGUGGAAGACCCCUAAAUAGGGCUCUGCCGGUGACUCCUCCGCCUUGAACGUCUCCGAGACCCCGGCUGCCUCGGGGUGCGUGUGUGUGCACGCGUGGGCGUGCGGUGCCCUCCCCUCCUGGUGGGAGCUGUGGCUGGCGCUCCUCUGGCAGCCGGUGUCCCCUGCAGGAGCUGCCCCCUCUCUGCCCGCAGGGUUUGGGGUCACUGCUGUGGUGCCAGCCCAGUGCUGCUAUUGGCAGAGCCAGGAUCUGCCCCUGUGCCUCUGGGGUUGCCCCGUCUGAGUCGGGGGCUGUCGGAGGCAAUCAUACAGAGGCCCCCUUCUGUAAGGGACAUGGGGGAAUAGGGAGCUCACCCUCCCCUCACCACGCAAGCCUGGUGUGCUGGGGAGGGGGGGAUCACUGUUCCUCCCUCGUCCACGGCCACUGGGGUAGGGUUCUGCAGACCAAGCCUUCCAGCCGGCCGCUGUGACUGUCAGAGGAGCCAAAAACCCAGAGUGCCUUGUCCCUUCCUCGGGAGGUGAUGGCAGUGUCAGUCUGUCUGCACCCGCGGUGAGGAUGGCAGGGGGGGUUGUCUCUCCCUGCCUGCCUGCCUGGGUGGGGGUAGUGCCUUGAUGACACCAGCAGCCCCAGUUGGACCGCACUGGCCUUCCCAACCAGGGCUCUUGCUGCUUGGGGCCUUCCAUGCCUCCAGCCGAUGACUUUCCCACAUUUUUUCAGCUUGGAGGAGAAUUGCUGAGGCAGGUUUCACCUCUUGGGCCAUGGCAUUCCCAUGCUCCCUGGCAGUCAGCUAGGUUAGGAAAUGGGUCUCCUCAUUUACUGUCACACCGGGGAUGUCCUGCAAGCACAGUGCUUGCAGAGCAGUAGAUUUCCCCUCCAUAGCACAGCCAACCUAAGCUGUCGUGCCGGGAAGCCGGCACACCCCAGCCCCAGUCUCCCAGCGCAGGGGUGGGCUGCUGCCAGCCCUCCCACCCAGGGAGCGCAGGCACGGAAAGGGGAAGCACUUCUGUAGGAACAGAGGAAGGUUGCACCCCGUUCUGCUGGGACUCCGAAAUCCGUCCUCUGGUGCCCUCUCCAGCGCUCAGCCUGGCCAGCGCCUGCCUGGUGAGAGCCUGUCCCGCUCGGCCCCAGCCUGGGGCGUCCUGGGCAGGGGGCUGGGGUGGGGGGAUGAGGUGUAGAGGGAGAUGAAUGCGUGUGUGUGUAUAUAUAGCUCUACAUAUAUACACACACACACACACACACACACACAUAUAGAUAUAUAUAUAUAUAAAUUUUCCCUUGUCCCUGGAGAGGGGCAUUUGCUGCUGCUGUGUGCAUUGAUCAGGUCGGGCUUCCUGAUUGACCCACCUUUUCAAAAUUGGCCUAUAAAUCCACCAGUAUAUGUAGUUUGAAGAGGAGCAUUUCUGACUUUUAUAUCUAAUAUAUGUUUAAAUAUAUAUAUAUAUCUCAAGAGAGAACAGUGAAUUUACAAUAAUAAAAGUGAAAAUCAGC